AUGUCGCGUAACCUAUUCAUCGAUGCAUCUGCGCCAAUAUACACAUGUUCCAGAGAUACUUUGGACAAGGAGGCUUUUAGAAAGCGAAUUUCCGUUCUGGCGGCUAGGGUACCAGCAGAGAAAACGGGCGCAAUUUUGAGGGCUGAGGCCAUGAGAAGAUCUCUCAUGGAUUUACCGAAAAUACGAACAGUUGUACCUGAUGCAGCAAAUCCUGAAGGUGAUCGACUGGUCUUGCUCCGGAUGACAAAAGAGGCUGAUAUCCCCCCCGAAACUGAUGAAUACCUGAAAAAGGAAUCCAAAGGAUUGACUAUUUAUGAUAUUGAAUUAGAUUAUGACUACUGGACAGCUGAUGAGAUAUUACAAGCUUUCCUUCCUCCUGACUUGCGUGAAAGAUCACCCACGGGGUUCGCAAUGACUGGGCAUAUAGCCCACGUCAAUCUGAACGACGAGUACCUCCCUUACAAGCACAUAAUCGGCCAACUGAUCCUUGAAAAAAACAAGAAAGUCAAGACAGUCGUCAACAAAUUAAAUAACAUCGAUACUCAAUUUCGUUUCUUCAAGAUGGAGUUGAUUGCAGGUGACGCGGAUUUUGUUGUGGAGCAUCACGAGUCAGAUUGCCGUUUUACUUUCGACUUCUCUCAAGUUUAUUGGAAUUCUCGGCUCCACACUGAACACGAUCGACUCGUCCGACUUUUCAAUCCGACCGAGGUUGUUGCAGACGUAUUUGCUGGUGUCGGGCCAUUUGCCGUUCCAGCGGCGAAAAAAGGGUGUGCUGUGCUUGCAAACGAUCUCAAUCCGAACAGUGAAAAAUACCUCGCCAUUAACGUAAAAAACAAUCAGGUCACAGAUCUUGUUCGAACUUUUUGCCAAGACGGCCGCGAUUUUAUUUGCCAAUGCAUUCUUGAACUAUCAGACAAUCCUUUCCCCCCGUAUACAGGUCCAAAGCUUAGCAGAGUUCAAGAAGAGAAGAAACGCCGAAGGUUGCAGAAGCUUAUGACGGAGGAAACAACUGCUGCUGCAGAUACACCCUCCACUGAAUCACUGCCGCCUCGGCGAUAUGUUUCUCACUUUGUGAUGAAUUUGCCCGAUUCCGCCAUCCAAUUCCUUGAUGCUUUUCGUGGCCUUCUUAAUGAUAGUACUCGGAAUUUCAGCACAUUGUACAAAACGAUGCCAAUGAUCCAUUGUCAUUGUUUCACGCGAGAGUUAGAACGAGAUAGGGCAGAGAGGGAUAUUCGCAUGCGGGUCGAAGAAAAGUUGGGUUACCCCAUAACUGAGGACGUUUCUUUUCAUCUCGUCCGGUCCGUUGCACCCAACAAGGAAAUGUACUGCAUCAGUUUCCGCCUACCUACCGAAGUUGCAUUUGCCUUGUCAACGUAAUUGACAUGAGAGUGUUGAAAGAUAUGUACUUGAUAGUAGUAAUGCAGGGGACCUUCGGAAUCUU